GGUCAUGGCGGAGGGUGGGUAACAUGCCGAGGAGGGCGUGGUGACGCAGUGAGGGGCGUGGCCACAAUAGCGCAAGUGCGCGGUCACGUGGUGUGGAGGGCGUGGCCUUGAGGAAGCGGAUCCUGCGCUGGGCUGGGUGCUGAUUGACACCAAAGUGGCCGGAGAAUGGACAGUGAGGUACAGAGAGAUGGAAGGAUCUUGGAUUUGAUUGACGAUGCGUGGCGAGAAGACAAGCUGCCUUAUGAGGAUGUUGCAAUACCACUGAAUGAGCUUCCGGAACCUGAACAGGACAACGGGGGCACCACGGAAUCGGUCAAAGAACAAGAAAUGAAGUGGACAGACCUCGCCUUGCAGUACCUCCACGAGAAUGUUCCCCCCCUGGGCAACUAACAGCUGGGCUUCCUCCCCUCCACUGGCCAUCUUUCAGAAAUAUAUGGGUGCCUGAAGAUGUGAGAGGGAAAAAGUUGACAGGAGCAGAAUCACUCCCCCUGUGUGCCACAGCAGUGGAUGUGUGUGCAGCCUGUGGACAGAUUUCACAUUCCACGAACCUCUCCACUGACCGCCGGGAUUCCUCACAUUCCCCGUGGCGUGUUAGGACUUCACUGUGUUUACAUAUGAAAAGUAUGACCGCGACCUCUGUUCUUCCUACAGAGGUGACUUGGAAAAGAUCUUGAGCUAGAUGCACCAUUAGCUUUAUCCAGUAAUAGGAUUUCCUACUUCCUCAAGGUCCUUAACAUGUUACUGAGAUACCGUGGAGUCCACAGCUCUGCGCUUGUAUAGGAAUUUAUGCCAGGUGAAAACCUAGACAUUUAUCUCCCGGAUUGUUUGCCUCUACCAGGUGCUUUCAUCCUCUGCCCAGAUUAUAACUUUGUGGCAGGACACAUUGGCUUAUGUGUUUGAUUCCCUUGUUGAAAAGCAGAAAAUACAAUACCAGGUGAUUGAAAUUUCUCUUCUCAUCCUUUUCAACUGGGUCUUUUUAUUUAGUCUUUAGGAGAAAAAAAAGUACAGCAAAAAAAUUAAAGGAAUUUUCCGAGCUCUUCUAAAGCAGAGAGGUCGUGCCUCCAGGACUUUCGGCCCUCCCCCGUGAUGCCUUCUGCGACUGCCCUGUUCUAAAAUGGGAAGAAAUUCCAACUGACAUGAAGAACUUUGGAAUGUUAAUUUUGUCUCUAUAGUUGAGAUCAAGAACUGAGAGAAUAAAUUUUAUUGGGAACCUAGUGGUCAUGAAA